GCGUGCGUCCAUGUGCAGCCCACUGAGAACUGAGCGAUGUAGACUGUAGGCAAACGAGCCACAGACAUCGAAUUCCAAGCCCUGGCACUUUCCUAACCUCUUCGUCGUCGAAUUUCCCGAUUAUUUAAUAAUUAAAUAUACAAAUUUUCGGGUGUGUUGUAUUUUCAAGAAAAAUAAAACCAUGAUGUCGCGAUCUGUACGUGCGGAAACCCGGAGUCGGGCCAAAGAUGAUAUUAAAAGAGUUAUGCAGGUUGUGGACAAAGUCAGACACUGGGAAAAAAAAUGGGUCACGAUUGGAGAAACGACUAUGAAAAUUUUUAAGUGGGUUCCGAUUUCGACGCUUGAACCACAAGAUAGGUUCGAAAGUUCAAAGGAUUUUGUUUUGGAAAACAAUGAAAAUUCAAAUGUGAAAAAAAAGAAGGGAAAAAUAGUCGCUGAUAAGGAGAACGGUUUACCCAGGAAGGGAGGAAUAGAUUCUUCAAAUUCAAACUUCGGUCUCACGGAAGAUUCGAAUACAUGUUUCUCAACAGUCAGUGAUUCCCAAGGGAUGACCGACUUCUCUGCACAUUUAGGAUUUUCUGAAGAUUCUAAUUCACAAAACAGCGAACCCGCACCGAAAAGGUUGAAAACUGACUAGGCUGGAAGAACGUACUGAUAAUAAUUUAGAUGUAUCCCUAAUAUUAAUCAAUUAAUUUUCACACGUUGAAGUGUGUAAAAUUAACGAAAAUUACGGGUAUAAAAAAAUACGACAGGGAAGUCGUAUUUAUUUCCUGUGGAUGCAUAUAAUCGAUUUUAUAAGCAAUUUGUAUAUUCAAAUAGGUUGGGUUUUAAUCACUCCAACCAGUAAGAAACGAACUUCACAAAAUAUUUAUCACGUACCUUUAAUCUGUUUAUUGUUUUUUAUUCUUCGUCAGAGUUCAAUUCUCUGGUUUUAAAAGCUUAUUUUAUAAAACAUGAAAUGUGAACAUUUUGAGGCUGACGAAAAUUAUUUUAAAUCAAACGAAAGGUUUUCUCUUUUUCGACGAGUCGUAUUUGGGAGUAUGAUUUAGAGAAAACAUGACUGUACAUAUUACUUGGAUAAGUUUUCUUUAAUUUUAAUUAGAAGGUCGAGUGGGUGGAUUUGCAUUUCUGGUGCGCAAGUUUUUCUUUUAAAUAAACAAGAUAAUUAAGUCAA